UCCCAAACAAGCCGACACGCUGCCCACCCACCGCCGCCAUGUCGACGCCCAGCCCCAUUCCCUUUGCCGCCGCCGACCGGCGGUCGUCGCGCGCGUCCAGCGACGCCAACCGCGCGCUCUCGCACCCCGAGCACGACGAAAGAGUGACGGUCGGUGGCCCUCCCAGCAGUCCCUCGCCUCUGGCUCUUCGUGUGUCAAACUCACCCUCUUCGAAGCGCCGCCACAGCCACGGCCGCAUCCUCAAGGUCGCUCCCGACUUCCAGAACCUCGACUAUCUCGCCGACGCCGACAGCAACCUCGUCUGCCUCAUCUGCCACACGCCCUUUGACCGCCCCGUCCAGCUCGCGUGCGAGCACUACUUUUGCCGCGAAUGCCUCGACCACGCCUGGGCGCCCCAGCCCCAUGGCCGCCGAUCCUGUCCCACCUGCCGCCGUGCCGUCGAGACCGAAGGCGACAUCCGCCCCGUGCCCCGCAUCAUCGAGACAAUGCUGGACGAGCUGCUCGUAAAGUGCCCGAACCACAAGGCCGGCUGCACCUGGUCCUCGCAGCGCGUCAAUGUGCACGACCAUGUCAUGCUGUACUGUGAAUACACGCCCGUCAUGUGCUCGGCCCACGACUGCCGCCUGCCAACCACCCAGAAAGACUUUCACAAGGGCUGCUUGCACUACACGGUGAGCUGCGACGACUGCCACACGUCGCUCAUGAAGAAGGAUCUCGAGGAGCACCAGCGAAGCAUGUGCGGUAACCGCAUCACAUCCUGCACUCUGUGCUCGGCCCAAGUCCUCCGUCUGGACCUCAAGCACCACAUCAACAACGACUGUCCCGAGUAUGUCAUUUCAUGCCAGGGCACAAUCGUGGGGUGCAAGUUCCAGGCCGAGCGCACCCAGGUCCUUGCCCAUGAAACCACAUGUCCCAUGGCCACCAUGGCGCCGCACUUCCGCGAGCAGCAGGCUCGCAUCGAGAGGAAUGAAGCCCGCAUGGAGCCGCUUGCCAGGAAGGUGGGCAUACUCGAAGACGGCCUCACCAACAUCACAAACUACCUGUAUCCCGCCAAUGGCAAUGACACGUCGUUCCCUGUCACGGAUCCCUUGAAUGCCAACGACACCGACCCGCAUACACCGACCCCUGACUUCCGGCUGCCCCCCGCUUCCUUUCCACCAGUUCCGCCCGCCAAUGACAGCAACCCCGCCCAGCCACCUUUCGACUCCCAGAUCCAUCACCUCCUUACGCUGCAUGACUCUCUCCGCGAGGAAGUCUCUCGCAUUGCCAAUGCCUUGACUGAUCUCGAUGGCCGCACAAACAUGAUGAUUAUCAACGAGAGCCAGCGGGCUAAGGAUGAGAUGCUGCAUGUCAACGCUGCCAUUAGCAACAUGCGCAUGCAUCUGCAGUGGGUAGUUAGUGCAACGCUUCAGCAACGCUCCAAUGCCGCCGGCAACUCGAGAAGCCCAGCCAGCACGCCUACAAAUGCAAGUGCGAGCAACGCAUCACGAGUCAACAGUGCCAGACCCGGACCCGGACCUAGUGUCCUGUCACAAGCGCCUUUCCGACGGCUGAGCGACUCCAACAGACAGGAUACCAAGUUGUAGGUCUGCAUCUCUUUUCCUUCAUCUCCGAUCGCAGGUAGGUCGGUCUAUGACACGACAUGACUUUUUACGACGAAAGAUGACAUUCGAGGCGUUUCAACCAAGUGAUACCGGGGCUUAUAUUUUGUAAAGAAGCCGGGUUGGCUUUCUCGUGGGAGUUUGGAACUGCUUAGGUUCGAGUGUGGGAUCAAA